UCCCGCUCGCCGGCCUCAGAGGCGGCGGCUCAGGCGCGGGCGCAGCGGUGCGGGCGCUCGGCUGGGGCGCGGGGCGGGGACGCGGCCGCCUCCCGCUUUGCGCCGCUCCUCCCUGCGCCAGUGGCGCUGGCCCCGGCGUCGAGGCGGCCAUGGCGACCCGGAGCCCGCUCCCCACCCACCCCGCCUGCUCCGCCCUCCCCUCCGCCCCGCGCCACCUUUGAUGGCUCGGACCUCAGCCGGCCACCGCCAGCCCCGCUCGCGCGCUCGCGCCCGCGCCGCCGCCGCCGCCCGCGUGUAUUAAUAGCCGGCGCCGCCGCGCCCUCGGCCGCCGGGGGCUUGGGAGCCGCUGAUCCCGGAGCCCGAGCCGGGAGAGGGAGCCGCCGCAGCCGCCGGCGCUGUGGAGAUAUUCUCUAAGCCACUUUCAUCAUGGGAGAAAUAGAGCAGAGGCCGACCCCAGGAUCACGACUGGGGGCCCCGGAAAAUUCGGGGAUCAGUACCUUGGAACGUGGACAGAAGCCUCCCCCAACACCUUCAGGAAAACUUGUGUCCAUCAAAAUCCAGAUGCUGGAUGACACCCAGGAGGCAUUUGAAGUUCCACAAAGAGCUCCUGGGAAGGUGCUGCUGGAUGCAGUUUGCAACCACCUCAACCUCGUGGAAGGUGACUAUUUUGGCCUUGAGUUUCCUGAUCACAAAAAGAUCACGGUGUGGCUGGAUCUCCUAAAACCCAUUGUGAAACAGAUUAGAAGGCCAAAGCAUGUUGUUGUUAAGUUUGUGGUGAAAUUCUUUCCACCUGACCACACACAACUCCAAGAAGAACUCACAAGGUACCUGUUCGCGCUGCAGGUGAAGCAGGACUUGGCUCAAGGCAGGCUGACGUGUAAUGACACCAGCGCAGCUCUCUUGAUCUCACACAUUGUGCAAUCUGAGAUUGGGGAUUUUGAUGAAGCCUUGGACAGAGAGCACUUAGCAAAAAAUAAAUACAUACCUCAGCAAGACGCACUAGAGGACAAAAUCGUGGAAUUUCACCAUAACCACAUUGGACAAACACCAGCAGAAUCAGAUUUCCAGCUCCUAGAGAUUGCCCGUCGGCUAGAGAUGUAUGGAAUCCGGUUGCACCCGGCCAAGGACAGGGAAGGCACGAAGAUCAAUCUGGCCGUUGCCAACACGGGAAUUCUAGUGUUUCAGGGUUUCACUAAGAUCAAUGCCUUCAACUGGGCCAAGGUGCGGAAGCUGAGCUUCAAGAGGAAGCGCUUUCUCAUCAAGCUCCGGCCAGAUGCCAACAGCGCGUACCAGGAUACCUUGGAAUUCCUGAUGGCCAGUCGGGAUUUCUGCAAGUCCUUCUGGAAAAUCUGUGUUGAACAUCAUGCCUUCUUUAGACUUUUUGAAGAGCCCAAACCAAAGCCCAAGCCCGUCCUCUUUAGCCGGGGGUCAUCAUUUCGGUUCAGUGGUCGGACUCAGAAGCAGGUUCUCGACUAUGUUAAAGAAGGAGGACAUAAGAAGGUGCAGUUUGAAAGGAAGCACAGCAAGAUUCAUUCUAUCCGGAGCCUUGCUUCACAGCCUACAGAACUGAAUUCUGAAGUGCCGGAGCAGUCUCAGCAGAGUGCCAGCCUUACCUUUGGAGAAGGUGCCGAAUCUCCAGGGGGCCAGAGCUGCCAGCAAGGAAAAGAACCGAAGUUUUCCCCCGGGGAGCCGGGGUCUCACCCGAGCUCUGCGCCGAGGAGAAGCCGCGCGGGUAACAAGCAGGAGGACGGAGCCGCCUCGGCGCCCACGGAGGAAGAGGAGGAGGUCGUUAAGGAUAGGACCCAGCAGAGUAAACCUCAGCCCCCGCAGCCAAGCACAGGCUCCCUGACUGGCAGCCCUCACCUUUCCGAGCUGUCUGUGAACUCGCAGCGGGGAGUGGCCCCUGCCAACGUGACCUUGUCUCCCAACCUGAGCCCCGACACCAAGCAGGCCUCUCCCUUGAUCAGCCCGCUGCUGAAUGACCAGGCCUGCCCCCGGACGGACGAUGAGGAUGAGGGCUGGAGGAAGAGAUUCCCAACUGAUAAAGCGUACUUCAUCGCUAAGGAAGUGUCUACCACCGAGCGAACAUAUCUGAAGGAUCUCGAAGUUAUCACUUCGUGGUUUCAGAGCACAGUGAGCAAAGAGGACGCCAUGCCGGAAGCACUGAAAAGUCUCAUAUUCCCGAAUUUUGAACCUUUGCACAAAUUUCAUACCAAUUUUCUCAAGGAAAUUGAGCAACGACUUGCCCUGUGGGAAGGCCGCUCAAAUGCCCAAAUCAGAGAUUACCAAAGAAUCGGCGAUGUCAUGCUGAAGAACAUUCAGGGCAUGAAGCACCUGGCAGCUCACUUGUGGAAGCACAGCGAGGCCUUGGAGGCCCUGGAGAACGGGAUCAAGAGCUCCCGGCGGCUGGAGAACUUCUGCAGAGACUUUGAGCUGCAGAAGGUGUGUUAUCUACCGCUCAACACCUUCCUCCUGCGGCCGCUGCACCGGCUCAUGCACUACAAGCAGGUCCUGGAGCGGCUGUGCAAACACCACCCACCGAGCCACGCCGACUUCAGAGACUGCCGAGCCGCUUUGGCAGAGAUCACGGAGAUGGUGGCACAGCUCCACGGUACGAUGAUCAAGAUGGAGAAUUUCCAGAAGCUGCACGAACUCAAGAAAGAUUUGAUUGGCAUUGACAAUCUUGUGGUUCCGGGAAGGGAAUUCAUCCGUCUGGGCAGCCUCAGCAAGCUCUCGGGGAAGGGGCUUCAGCAGCGCAUGUUCUUCCUGUUCAAUGAUGUCCUGCUGUACACGAGCCGGGGGCUGACGGCCUCCAAUCAGUUUAAAGUCCACGGGCAGCUCCCGCUCUACGGCAUGACGAUUGAGGAGAGCGAAGACGAGUGGGGGGUGCCCUACUGCCUGACCCUCCGGGGCCAGCGGCAGUCCAUCAUCGUGGCCGCCAGUUCUCGGUCUGAGAUGGAGAAGUGGGUUGAGGACAUCCAGAUGGCCAUUGACCUGGCAGAGAAGAGCAGCAGCCCUGCCCCUGAGUUCCUGGCCAGCAGCCCCCCUGACAACAGUGAGUGUGGCCAGGGCAGCUUUCCCAUGCAGGGGUCUGGUUCAUGGAGGGACAGCAUUUCUGCAUCUAAAGUCACCCCAUCGGAGUCCCCUGAUGAAGCCACCACGGCUGACCAGGAGUCAGAGGAUGACCUGAGUGCCUCGCGCACAUCGCUGGAGCGCCAGGCCCCGCACCGUGGCAACACGAUGGUGCACGUGUGCUGGCACCGCAACACCAGCGCCUCCAUGGUGGACUUCAGCAUCGCAGUGGAGAAUCAGUUGUCUGGGAACCUGCUGAGGAAAUUCAAAAACAGCAACGGGUGGCAGAAGCUGUGGGUGGUGUUCACAAACUUCUGCCUGUUCUUCUACAAGUCACACCAGGACAAUCAUCCCCUCGCCAGCCUGCCUCUGCUCGGCUACUCGCUCACCAUCCCCUCCGAGUCCGAGAACAUCCACAAAGACUACGUGUUCAAGCUGCACUUCAAGUCCCACGUCUACUACUUCCGGGCAGAAAGCGAGUACACGUUCGAAAGGUGGAUGGAAGUGAUCCGCAGCGCCACCAGCUCUGCCUCGCGAGCCCACGUGUUGAGCCACAAAGAGUCUCUCGUGUAUUGAUGGCCGGACACACUCGUUUCCACAGUGGCUGCUUUCCUGGAAGACGUUUCCUUUCUUCUGUAUUAAUGAAGCCUGGUAAAAUUAACACCUGUCUGAAAAUCAAAAACAUGGCUUCCCAGCAGCUCUCCUGUCUCCACAGCCGCGUUUUUUAACCCCGACCUCUCAGCGUCUGAACGAACAGCGCUCCCACCGCCAGUCCUGGCAUCCGCUGGGGGCGCUGUUCUUUAGCUAGUGCCAGUAUUAAAACAUUGUCAUUACGAGAGUGCCAAAUGACAUCUUCCCUCCACCCUACCCCUGAAAAACAGUACACACACAUCCGUUCAACACAAGACAGGGCAAGUAUUUUUUUCCUAAAAAAAAGAAACUUUUAUUAAUUAUUUUCACCUAUUGGCUGCUCCAUUUUAUUAAGUGGAUUUCCCGGUGUUUGCAAUACACUCAGCGCAGCCUUAAGCAAAUGAGAUCAUUUUCAGAUUUCUUUUUUUUUUUCAGUCUUUCUACUUUUGUAAUAAUUAAUAGUAAGUUAGUAGGACUCACUUCUCUGAUUAAUAAGCAAUUUGCAGCACACAGCGUUCCACUGCGGGGUUUCAUGCUCACCUGAAAACACCUGUUCCCGACCUACUUCUUGGUGCAAGUUGACCAAAUCGUUUUAAGUGGUAAUUCUUUCCAACCGUAGCAGGGUUAUUUUCUGUUAAGCGAAGCUGAAAUCCAGUGCAAUACCUGGACUAUCACCGUCCUGUGAGUGGUGUACACAGUGGGAAGAUAAUAAGCCGUGGUGUUUUGCUGUGUCACAAGCAUGAAAACCUGUAUGUCAUUGAUCAGGGCCAUUUGUGGUAUGUUCCGUGAUGAGCGUUUAGUGAGCGUGCUGGCUGCAGAGCACUAUGAAAUCAUGGUACGUAGUCCCUGGCACCUGUUGUUAUUCUUAUAUCCUCCUGCAACUGUGGUUUGAAACUGCGCAUUCUUUAGUAGUAUAUAUCGUGCCUGUCUUCAAAAACAUUUACCUUUUUAUACUCAUUCCCCCCAGGCAUGGGGUAGUGUCAGUCGGACUGCACAGGGAACACGGUUUCCAGCGGCUCGGUCCCCUACUCGGGAAACGUCUGCCUGUUCUCGAUGGUGAUGGGGUGGCUGCCAUUCCCUUGGUUUUCCUAAGCCCUUUCUAGCAAGAGUCUCAAACAAGCGGAAGCGAUGGCCAAUUCAACCCAGUUCUUUCCAGCGCCCCGCACCGUAGCACCUGCCCACCUGAGAACGAGCAACACGCCCUCUGUGGAGCUCUGACUGGUGUACCUGGAAACGGCAACUUGCAAACGGACGAAGAGCCUGACGUGUGUUAAUCAAUCAUUUGCCUUACAAGAUGUACCAGACGGUUUCCAGUACUAACAAACAAAGGGAAUAAAAAUACCUCACGCCACAAUCCAGCAUAUUGACGUUUUAAGGCAAGACAA